AUGGAUCCCGUCCGCGAAAUCGUCAACGGCCCGGGGAUUGCCAUAGAUGGGAUCCAUCCGCGAGACCUUCGACAACCAUCGACAUCGUCACGGAUGGAUCCCAUCCGCGAGAUACAUCACGUGGGGACGUGCAGCGAUCGACAGAAUGCUGGGAGGGAUCGAGGGUGGUCAAUAACGUCACAGAUGUAUUCCGUCCGCGAAAUCAUCAACGGCCCGGGGAUUGCCACGGAUGGGAUCCAUCCGCGAGACCUUCGACAUUGGUCGACAUCGUCACGGAUGGAUCCCAUCCGCGAGACCUUCGACAACUCUCGACAUCGUCAUGGAUGGAUCCCAUCUGCGAGAGGUGGCACGAGUAGGGUGGAGGAGGGGAGAGCGUUGCCUAAGACCCGCACUGCGAGAGGCGCGGCGAAGAACGCGGGGUUGGAGUCGAUAUCGAGGUCGCAGACUCCCUCGAUCUCAUGGGCUUCCAAGACGCCCACCGUGGAGGAGGAGGAACAGGCGGCGGAGCAGACAGCGACGGGGGGUGCGGACGAAGGAGCUGAGCAGCGAGUGAAGGGCAAGGCAAAGCCAAAGCCAAAGCCAGCGGCGAAGCGCCAGACGGCUGCAAAGCCACGACCCAAACCCAAGGCCAAAGGGAGGGUGAAAAGCGCAGCAGAGGUCCACGACGACGACGACGCUGGACCAUCUGAGCCGCCCACUGCAGAGGGGAGUGUGCAAAACGAACCCAACGACGCCGCUGGACCUUCGCGGCCGCCCACUGUUGGGGCGAGCACCCUCAACGAACCCAGCCACGCAGCUGGACCUUCCCGGCUGCCCGCAGUUGGAGGGAGCACUCCCAACGCGCCCAGCCACGCAGCAGGGCCUUCCUGGCCGCCCGUGGUUGGAGGGGGCAUUCCAAACCAGCCCAGCUCGCAUUCGUUGACAGCCCAAUCGUCUGGGAGCGUUGCGCGGCCUUCUGGGCAGCCCGCAGUGGCGACAGGGGCGAUGGACAUAGAUCCACCUGCUGGGCAGACAACAACGGAUGACGCAGGCGCAGCGCCACCUUCCCAGCAGGCCGUGUUGCUGAUGGGGCCAGGGAACGCAGGGCCCACUGCUGGAAUGCAGGGAAGAUCGCCGGCGGGAUGGAUUGCGACGCAGCCCGCAACACAGAGGACGCCACUGGUGUCGCCAUCGCAAAGGGAGUUCGUGGAGAUUGAGGACGCGCUUCGACGGCCUUCCUCGCCGCCCACGGGUACGGAGGACGCGCCAAUGGACAUAGACGACUGGGAGGAACCCAAGAGCCGCAAGCGUUCAAGCAAGUCGAAACGUUCGAAGGCCAGACAUGUCGACUCUCCUGGCUUUCGUCCCCCUUGGACGCAGGCAGACCCGACGACGCCACCACGGGCUGGAUCUAAGCAUAAACCACACUCGUCGCCAGAGAAAUCGCCACGAACUGAGAAGAGGCAGGCAAAGAUGGCGCGAAGAGAUGCAGAGAGGCGUCGACUCCCGGGGACUGACUCUGAGGACGACCUCGACAUCGGGGCGAUUGCAAGGAUCAAGCAAGAGGGGGAACCGUCGCGUGUUUCUUCGGUCGACAAACAGAGCGAAACCCGCGGGCCUCGAGCGCAUAGACGUCCCACAGCAGUCCCAGAUGACGGCGAAGACUUCACGUCGCUGAUAGCCGACUUGUCAGACUUGUCUGGCUCAGACCAACAGUCGUCGUCAGAUGAGGACCCCCUUGCGGCGAAACGAGUCCAUAUGUCACAGUCGGCGACGGCCCAACCCCGGGAACAUGUCCCCAAGGUCAAUCUCCCCCCUCCUCGUCCUCCUCGUGGCCGUGGAGGCGGUGGUCGCGCUCGUGGUCGCAAGUAG